GUAAUUACGAUCCUUCCGCAUUUAGUGUUGUUAAAUGAACCGUCGACAGGUUCAGGGACUGAUGUCCCAAAUAAUACUAAUAUUAAAUCCUUUCUGACCCGGGGUCUUUUCUUUAAUAACAUCACCCGGAUGUAGGUAUAGAACAGCUGUUUUAAAUAGCAGCACGGCGUCAUUCGUUCAAAAUGUGUAAGUUUAUAGAGGGCAGAGUGUGGACAUUGUUAUGGGGUAUCUGGGAAAUAUGUUGGGUGAUCGCAUCGGCAGCCCAGGGUGCAACAUCGCCUCUCACAGAUGAUAUACCCUUCAGGAUUACCUGGCCUGGAUCUGAAUUCACAAUGCCAAAAACUGGUGUCCUAUACAGAGAGGAAGACUAUGUUCUCAUGACAACGACCGAUAAAGAAACGUAUAAGUGCUUGCUCCCUUCACUGGCAAGUGGAGAUGAGGGUGAUGAUAAAAAUUACAGCGGCCCAAACCCUGCAGCUCUCCUAGAGCUACUGUUUAAACAAAGCAGUUGCUCAUACAGAAUUGAAUCUUACUGGACAUAUGAAGUGUGCCAUGGGAAGCAUGUUCGCCAGUACCAUGAAGAGAAGGAGACUGGGCAGAAAAUAAAUAUUCAAGAAUAUUACCUUGGAAGUAUGAUUAAAAAGAGUGAACCAGCCACAGCAGUAGUGGAAUCAGAGAAAAUGGAAGAAACAGAACAGAAAGAAAGUGAAAAAGAGAUUCCUACCAAAAAUGUUGAAGGCCAGAUGACCCCAUAUUACCCCUUGGAGAUGGGGAAUGGUACACCCUGCACGCUGAAACAGCAUCACCCCCGAUCAAGCACAGUCAUGUACGUCUGCCACCCUGAUGCUAAACAUGAGAUCCUCUCCAUAGCUGAAAUCACCACCUGUGAAUAUGAAGUUGUGGUGCUCACCCCACUGUUAUGCAGCCAUCCUAAAUACAGAUUUAAAUCCUCUCCUGUGAAUGAUAUCUUCUGCCAGUCACUCCAGGGAUCCCCAAUGAGGCCACAGAGACUGACCCAGCUAGACAGAGAGCAGCAGGAUCUGAUGAAACCAGCAUUCAUCAGCAGGGACAAAGAGGAAGAGAGCUCCUCAGUAAGAGAAGAACGAUUCAGUUCCACCCACAAGCCCAUCAGUGUCGGAGGCCAGCAGCAGGUGGCUGUCGGAACCACGCACAUCUCCAAACUGACUGACGAGCAGCUCGUUAAGGAGUUUCUCAGCGGGUCCUACUGUCUCCACGGGGGUGUGGGAUGGUGGAAGUAUGAAUUCUGUUAUGGAAAGUAUGUGCACCAGUACCAUGAGGACAAGGAGUCUGGAAAGACCAUUUUAGUUGUGGGCAGCUGGAAUCAGGAAGACCAUUUAGGAUGGGCAAAGAAAAACGUAGCUCGAUCCUACCAGCUAAAAGAGGAUGAUGUGCAGAAAGUAAAGGUUGUCUCGCAUUUCUAUGGCCAUGGAGAUGUUUGUGAUUUAACAGGGAAACCCAGAGAAGUGAUCGUGAAACUUAAAUGCAGAGAGUCCGAAUCCCCCCAUGCUGUCACAAUUUACAUGCUUGAACCACAAGCCUGUCAAUACAUCCUUGGGGUGGAGUCCCCAGUUAUCUGUAAAAUUUUAGACACUGCAGAUGAAAAUGGAAUGCUGUCAGUACCCAUUUAAGUCACUCCUCCAUGUCAGAUUCACACAGAGAAUGCUGAAGGAAUCAACCCUCAACUGAUUUAUACUGAAGUUUUUUUUUUAUUUUAUUGUUGUUCUUAUUAUUUCUGUUGGAUUUAAUGCUUUCAGCCCCUAUCAUUUUAAAGAAAAGUUUCAAAGGAGCCACUUUUGUUUUCCCCAAAAGAACUGCACAGCUAAUACGCUUGAAAGAUUGUGUGUAUAUACUGUAAUAGUGUAAAUAAAUUCAAAAGGCUUUUAUUUCGGAAGCGUGAACAUAAUGCUAGUUUUACAUUUUGAUUGAAUUAAAUAUACUGUAUAAUAACAUGUAUUUAAGGCCAUUGCAGUGUUCAUUUGGUGAAAGAUCUGAACAGUUUCCUGACGGAUACUAAUACUGCACUUUUAAUACCACUAGUAGCUCUAGCCUAAAAAUUAAUCUAAACCCUUGCCUUUUUGGGCUAAGGAUGAAAAGUUAAAUAUAUGUUGUUCACAUGUUAUGUGUGUGAUGUUGAAGCUUGCUUUUGUGGACGGCUUCUAAGCCACAGUACUGAAUUUUUAGUUAAAAUAUUUGUUUAUUUUUGUUGUCAUUUCUUUAAACUGCUCUGUUUACUAAACAAUGGUGGUUAAAUUUGUGUUUAUAAAUCACUUCCUGAAAAUGCCAGCAGACAGUGUGCACGGGCUGGGUCUUUGCCAGCAGACUAAUUUAAGUGACAUCUUGACAGCGGUGUAAAUAAGCAUGCUGUGGAUAAUUACUGGAAUGUAGGAUGUCUCAACAGGAAAUAGCUUAAACCAGCUACAAAGAAUGUAAAAACAACACAUCAAUGUUUGUAUAACAUCGCUUUGACCUACACCUUUUUAACCUGCUUAUGUUCACCGCAAAGGCAACCAGUGAAAGAGUUUUAAAAUGUGUUGUCGGCUGAAGGAAAUGUAGCUUACAUUCUGCACACACACAAAACAAAUAGAGUUAUUGCAUUUCAUUUGUUUGUUUCAUUUUAUUCUACUUUCUUAAUUUUAUUUAAAAAGGAACAUUCCUUUUGAGGUUAAAAUCUCUUUUGCACGCUUAAACAAAAAAAGUAAUCACAAACGGAUACACAAUUAAAAUAGGGAAAAAGAAUCUGGAGCAAAACAAGAAAUGGUCUCUGCUGGAUAGAUGUUUAAAGUAUUUAUGCUGGUGCUUGAAAUAAAUUACAUUUGUAAACUCUA